UGACCGUUUUGAAAAAAAUGGAACAGUAGAAGUACCAUUAAGUCAUAGCCCUAGAAGUCUAGAACCCAACGAAUUUAACCAGCUCAUUAAAACCGAUCGACCCACGUGACCAAGCCACCGUCGCGUGCCAAAACCAAAGACCUCCCUACUGUCUCCGACGACUGACGACUACUCUCUUCUUCUUCUUCUCUCUCUCGUAUUCAACUUUCAUUCAUUUCAACCACCCUUCCCCGCUCUCUUCAUUCAAUCUUCAAUUUCCACAGCGUUUGUCUUCCGCAAUCAACAGAUCCCCGUUCAACUACCUCCGUUUCGCCGUCGAAUCUCCCGAGGGAAGGAAGGCUUGGCCCAGUGUUCCCGCUAAUCUGGUUUCCUGCGAUCCCGCCCACCCCACUGGAUCGCACAGAUGCCGGUCGCUGCUUCCGCCAUCUAUUUCUUGAACCUCCGAGGCGACGUCCUCAUCAAUCGCCUCUACCGCGAUGACGUCGGGGGGAAUAUGGUGGAUGCGUUCCGGAUGCAUAUUAUGCAAACAAAGGAGCUUGGGACGUGCCCUGUGCGUCAAAUCGGUGGUUGUUCAUUCUUUUAUAUGAGGAUCAGCAACGUCUACAUUGUAAUUGUGGUUAGCAGCAAUGCUAAUGUUGCUUGUGCCUUCAAGUUUGUUGUCGAGGCCGUUGCACUAUUCAAGUCAUAUUUUGGCGGUGCUUUUGAUGAAGAUGCUAUUAGAAAUAAUUUUGUUUUGAUAUAUGAGUUGCUUGAUGAGAUCAUGGACUUUGGCUAUCCGCAGAAUUUGUCUCCUGAGAUAUUGAAGCUGUACAUUACACAGGAAGGAGUGCGCUCACCAUUUUCAUCGAAGCAAGCUUUGGAUAAGCCUGUACCAAAUGCAACAUUGCAAGUUACAGGGGCUGUUGGUUGGCGAAGGGAGGGCCUCGCUUAUAAGAAGAACGAGGUUUUCUUGGAUAUUGUCGAAAGUGUUAAUCUUCUUAUGUCCUCAAAAGGUAGUGUACUACGCUGUGACGUGACGGGGAAAAUUCUGAUGAAGUGUUUCCUCUCUGGAAUGCCGGAUUUGAAGUUGGGUUUAAAUGAUAAAAUUGGUCUGGAGAAAGAGUCACAACUGAAGAACCGUCCUACCAAAAGUGGCAAAACAAUUGAGCUUGAUGAUGUUACUUUUCAUCAAUGCGUGAACUUGACAAGGUUUAACUCCGAGAAGACAGUUAGUUUUGUUCCACCCGACGGCGAAUUUGAAUUGAUGAAGUACCGUAUAACAGAGGGGGUAAAUCUACCAUUCAGGGUAUUACCUACAAUUAAGGAACUUGGUCGAACACGUAUGGAAGUGAAUGUUAAGGUUAAGAGUGUUUUUGGCGCAAAAAUGUUCGCUCUUGGUGUGGUCAUCAAAAUCCCUGUACCUAAACAAACUGCCAAAACAAGCUUCCAAGUGACAUCUGGAAGGGCAAAGUACAAUGCAUCGAUUGAUUGCUUGGUUUGGAAGAUAAGGAAGUUUCCCGGCCAAACUGAGCCAACCUUGAGUGCAGAAAUUGAGUUGAUUUCUACAAUUGCCGAGAAGAAGUCUUGGACACGGCCACCAAUCCAGAUGGAGUUCCAGGUCCCCAUGUUCACGGCAUCCGGUUUACGUGUUCGAUUUCUUAAGGUAUGGGAGAAGAGUGGAUACAACACGGUUGAGUGGGUUCGUUACAUUACCAAGGCAGGGUCAUACGAAGUUAGGUGCUAGAGUUUAUUAUUUUGAAUUGAAGCUAUAUAUACUGCUCUCGAGGAUGUUCGGUACACUGGUCGAGAUGCAAUUGCAUGCUGGCUCCUAGCCCUUGAAGCCGAAUCAUUUGAAACAGAGGUCACAUGCAGUUCCUCUCACCUUGUUUCCAUAUGAGUUCAGGCGUUUCCUCUAUUCGGCUGUGAUCGUUUGUUGUUGCUAUAUUCGGAUUUGUGUUGUAAAUCCAGGACUUGGCAGUGGAAUAUUUAUUGGCACACUACAGCUUGUUUGUUGCCUUUUCGUUUAGUUGGUGCUUUGUUGUAUAUUAAAGUAGAGCGAAGCCAUUCUUGGAGAACAGCAGGCAGGAUCUGUUUCUGUUGAUAUACCCUUAUUGUUUUCAGGAUUUUUGCUUGUUGCCUAUUUACCAUUUUGUCGCCCACAAGUUGAAGAGAUUUUAUCUUAUUCAGUUGUGUUCUCAUUUUUUGGAUGAAUGUGCUUUUGUUUGGAU